AUGACUAGCAACGCCCCCCUGUCUCGCCCUCAGAGAGCAGCAGCUCUUAUCGCCCGUGUCAAGGUCCAAGAACAAGGACGCAUAAAAGCAAGCGCCAACACACAGUACAUACCGCCCAUUCCUCAGCCGCGUGGCCCUGCCCUCCCGGCCAAGCGUCGUCGUGUUGAGGUUGAGAUCCCGGACAACGAAGACGACGUGGAUAAUCCUGAUAGCGAGGAUGACGUCGAACUUCUUGACAGCGAGGACGACUUCGACAUAUCGGACAGCAAGCAUGACAUCUUCGAGCAAGCGCCCCUUGUCGCCAGCGACGAGGGAAUUUCCAACAUAGACGCAGCAGACGAGAACUCUCCAUGGGUCGGCGAAAACGGGCUUACCCGGAUUGGCCCUCAGCCGCAGAAGGAGUGCCCGUUUGUCCUCUCCGGGCCUUUGAGCGAGGUUGAGACAGUUAUUAAGAGGAUGUGCUUUGCUAACCUCGCUGCAACGGACGCCGAUCCGGGGGAACUCGAGGUCCGGAUGCACGAGUUGGAAAUGGCCAUACGAAGUCGUCUCAUGCCGCAUGGAGACGGCCAUGUGAGAAUGCUUCGUGACUAUACAGGCACGGAGAUGUCCCUGGCGCCUGGGGCAUGGUCUCGGGGUCUCGAGGCGUUUUACCCCUUUGCCAAGCAACAUGACGAAUGUCUAUACCACGUCUCAAGCAACGAUUUACCAUUGUCACACAAUGCCCACAGAAAGCAACUCGAGGAAUGGGGACAAUGGGACCUGCCGAAGCAGCAAGCAGUGCUCGAAGUUCUAAGGACGGGAAAGUUCAGGCCGGCAAUUCAAGAGGAGCUGGGGUCUUGGAACAUACGUGAGCUCAUCGGGGAGACAUCUGCCCGUGGAUUGUUACUCAGCAAGCUCGUGUCUGCCAUGGACAUCUCCUGGGAGACCACGUACGGAUGGCUCCAACAAGUGGCAACAGAGUACGGGCUAACAGCCGAUGAGUUCAAGGACUGGUGUACUGCCCGUUCGCCGUCGAACGCAGGCGAGCGCGUCUUCUACCCGUUCCAUGUCUCAUCUCGGCCUGAGGUAGAAGAGCUCCAAUGGGACUGGGGGACGCUGUACGCAACGGCGGUCAGGAUGCUCAGGAACAUGCGAUCACGUUGCAACAGGUGGGCCGAGCAGGCCGGCGAGGGAGAGGCCAAGAUGGAUGCCCUUCGUCCUCAUUGUCUGGUGGUGUCACCACCUAUGCAAGAAGAUAAAGGACGUCAAGAACAAGAAAGACGGGCCGAACACAGCGUCAGAGGAAAUCGCCUUCGAUAUACUCGACCGAUGGGGCCUCCCGGUUGUGCAUUGGCCUAA